CAACUGUCUUGCUAGCUACGCAAAUAACAGUAAUUUUAGUUAGCUACAACUCGGUUAUCUAACUAAAUUACCAUUAGUCAAGACGAGACAGAGGCGUCGUCGAUGGCUGUCAAAAACAUAAGGGCUUGCUAGCUAAUACUCAUAUUUACGGGAGCUCAAGGCGUCAGUGUACUGUAGUUACAUACUUUUUAGAAGACAAACACUUAAACUAACUAGCUUUUCCUUACCUAGCGACAGUAAAGUUGGCUGAUUAACCUGCUUCUUUGGCGUCCAAACAAAAUGCUACUUUACAGUAGCUUGAGCCAAUUUCCAGGAACAAGCAGCCUGUAUGUAUCACGUGAUAUUUUGGCGUGUCUACCAGUACUUGCAUGACACCACCACAUAACAUUGAACUAUGACUGAUAUGAGACCGACAAGGCAGGGCUGUUGCUGCAUAGCACAUUGAUGAAGACACGCGAUCGCGUCGUCUGUUUCAAUGGAAUGGUCUCCCAAGCAGAACCGUAAGACGCCAAAAUCAGCAAGGGAUCAUACCACGCAGUCCUUGUCAAGUCCCUUGUUCUGUGAUAAUGCUCUGAGUCACCUUCCUGUUGCAACAUGUACAUCACAGACCACAGCCCCACUACUGGGGUGGUGACAAUCGUAGUGAUCCUCAUUGCUGUUGCUGCCCUCGGUGUUCUCAUCUGCGGAUGUUGGUGCUACCUGCACCUGCAGCGGAUUGGCCAGUCUGAAGAUGAGGAGAGUAUUGUAGGAGAGGGCGAGACCAAGGAGCCCUUCCUGAUGGUACAGUACUCCACCCGGGGCCCUCACGUCGAGCACAAAACCAAGCUCACCCACAACGGCACUGAGAAUCACACUUAACUGAGUCAUUAAGAAACCGUGGUCAUCACCUAAUAUUAACCAAGAGGAUCACCUCAUUCACAUUUCCUGCUGAUCAUCAUCUUUCAUCACGCCAUUGAAGGAUGAUAAACGGACUGCAGCUCAAUGUCAAUGUCUUAGGAAAUGUGAUAUUUUUGUUUCUCAUUCCACUGUGGAUCUCAGUCAGGAUGUGAGGUUGUGAACAGUUAAUUGUUAUGUUUCUUAAGUGUACAUAUUUUGAACACAAAAAUGUACAUUGAUUGAUGUUGAUAGUUGUUGUUAACUCAGCAAUCCACUACUGAAUUGUGAUGGUAGACACAAGACAGCGCUCUGAACAAAUGAGUGGGAAAAACCUUCUUCAGAGCUUGUUGGAAGAAUGUAUGACAAAUUGAUGACAAAACAAUUCACUUAAUAUCAAGUUGCUCAUAUUAUUUUAAAUUAGCUUAAUUUGUUUGUUUAUUUUGCAUAGUUGAACUUGGUUUUGUUUACCUUCAGUAUUCAAAUGUGAGUUAAUAGCCAUUCUAAUAAUUUGCUAAAUGCCAAAUUUGUCCAAAGAUACAAAGUGUGAUUCACUGCCUAAUUUAUGUCUCUUGUUGCUGCUACUUACUAAAUAAUCUAGUGUACAAAA